AUGCUUUCCCUUUCCCCAAAUAUUCACAUUUCUCCUCUCACCGGAAAACUCUACACAGAUGUGGUGGCAAUGGCGGCGACGGCACUGGCCAUCCCCUCCCCUCCUUGUCCUCAUCUUUGCUGCUACUCUCCUCCCUUCCUCUUCCGCCAUUGAUUUUCUCUACAAUUCCUUCAGCUCCGCAACCAACAGAACCGACGUAAUCCUUAUCGAAGAUUCCCGCGUAGACUCCACCGUCAUCAGCCUCAUCAACGACUCCGAUCCGCUCUCUUUCGGCCGUGUUUUUUACCCGCAAAAGCUCUCAAUUAUACCCGAUCCAACACGAAACCCGACCCGACUCUCUUCUUUCUCAACUUCCUUCGUCUUCUCCAUCCUCCCUGAUAUAUCCACAAGUCCCGGCUUCGGCCUCUGCUUCGUCCUCUCCAAUUACACCUCUCCUCCAGGGGCUAUCUCCAGCCAAUACUUCGGUCUCUUCACUAAUGCCACCGUCCGAUUCAACGCUCCUCUCCUCGCCGUCGAAUUCGACACCGGUAGAAACUCUGAAGUCAACGACAUCGACGAUAACCACAUCGGAAUUGACCUUAACAACAUCGAAUCCACCACAUCAGUAACCGCUGGCUACUACGAUUCUGUUAAUGGAAGCUUCGUUCGCUUUAAUAUGCGUAACGGAAACAACGUUCGAGCUUGGAUCGAUUUCGAUGGCCCUAACUUCCAGAUCAACGUUUCCGUCGCUCCCGUCGGUGUCCUUCGACCUCGCCGGCCGACGCUUACUUUCCGUGAUCCGGUUAUCGCUAAUUAUGUCUCCGCUGAUAUGUAUGUCGGCUUCUCUGCUUCCAAAACCAAUUGGAAUGAAGCUCGAAGGAUUCUAGCUUGGAGCUUGAGUGAUACUGGAACUCUUCGAGAGAUCAACACAACCAAUUUACCUGUUUUCUUCCUGGAAAAUUCUUCGUCUUCUCUUUCAACUGGAGCAAUCACCGGGAUUGUUAUCGGUUGUGUUCUCUUCCUAGGUCUAAUUGGAUUCGGGGGUUAUUUGAUUUGGAGGAAACUAAUGAAAGAGGAAGAAGAAGAAGAGAUCGAGGAGUGGGAGUUAGAGUUUUGGCCUCACCGUUUCAGCUACGAAGAACUCGCUGCAGUUACGGAGGUUGUUUGUGGGAGGAGACCGAUAGAGUCCGCGGAGGAGGAAGAUAUGGUGCUUGUGGAUUGGGUUAGGGAUUUGUACGGCGGAGGAAGAGUGGUUGAUGCGGCGGACGAGAGAGUGAGGAGCGAGUGUGAGACGAUGGAGGAAGUUGAAUUGUUACUGAAGUUAGGUCUGGCUUGUUGUCACCCUGAUCCAGCUAAGCGGCCGAAUAUGAGAGAGAUCGUUUCACUUUUGCUUGGCUCACCACAAGAGGAUUUGUUGACGGGACUCACGCCGGCCGCCGCCGCAGACUCUACGGCUGCUCACGCAUGAGUUGUUUUUGUUUUCUUUACGUUGUUUUGUCUUGUGAGCAAUAGUAAAGUUGAGGACUGAUU